AUGGUAUGUUCUACGAUUGAGGCAGCCUCCAAACCAGCGAACUGGGAAAGACUGAAGGAACAGGUGAAGUCCUGGAUCGAGUCGGAACAGCAUUGCGUGACGGUUCAACGGAUAAGCCAAACAUUGAAUGUUUCAAGGAUAUUGGGAAGCCAGCUAUUGGAGGAAAUUAUUGAAACUAGUGAAGGCUAUCGGGUAUCGACAUGUCAACAGACUCAAGAAGGCGAUGCGAUUGUGUUCCGAUUGAGGACUACAACCAAACAUACGCUCAAUAAAGCUAUUGUGUCUGUUUUUGCGCUCUCUUCGCUAGAGUCAACAGAAUCUGUCGAGACGGCGCACGAGCGUGCUAUGGUGCAAUGGCGGGAAAUGGUGCAAGAGAAGACUGUUCAACAAGCGCAAAUUGCAACCAUUGCACAAGCGAGUGAAGUUGAGGAUGCAGAAAGUGUAACUUUGAUAACUUCGGAUAUACAGGGGUUCAUUGGUGGGCAACAUACACCACCCCUGUCAUCUGCGACAGCAUCACUCUCUGGGAUCUCGAAGCAACCCGUCAAAGCUCCAAAAAUGGUGACAGCAUCGUCGUUCUUUGGAUCUCAACCAAACAAGAAAAAGUCUAAAAAGAACAAGACUGAAACAAAAAAGGCUCCAGAAAAGAUUCCAUCCUCUUCCAAGCCAAUCAUCUCCAAAUCUAUUUUGAGCAGAAAGGAAAAUCACAAGCCAAAUGAAAUGAAUCGUUCUCUGCCGGAAGCGAAGAUUGGAAACGCCGACGACUUUGUCGCAGAUGAAGAAGACAGUGAUGAUGAAAUGACACCAACGAGGCGAGAACCUGCUCGUUUGACAAAGGGCCAAAAGGCACAAUUUGUUUCAUCCCCGGCAGAAUCAAAUAGUCGCCUUGCUCGUGGGUCAAUGGAUACAUUUGCAAAGGAAGUUUCCAAAGAUGUUUCAAACGGAGAUCCCCAAAAGCGUCAGAAAAGACGACGCAAAAAGUUGGUGGAAAAGACAACAAUGGUGGGCGGGUAUCUCCGGACAGAAACAGUAACAGUGUGGGAAGACAUCUUGACUGAUGAGGAGAACGAGGAGGAAGAGAAAAGGAAAGCUACAGCAAAUAAGGUUCCAGGUGCGAAAUCGAAGAAUUUAAGCAGCAUGAAGCAGAAGAGUCUCAUGGGAUUCUUUGCGAAGAAGUGA